AUGGGGUCGGCCCCGCUAACGGCGGCAGGGAGCAGGGUGUGUGCCCCGGAACAGCCGGGUGAGGGCUCCUCCGGUCUCUUUCAGAUCGCCGUCCGAGCCUGCUUCCUGGGCUUCGUGUUCGGCUGCGGGGUGCUGCUGAGUUUCAGCCAGUCUUCUUGGGAUCACUUUGGCUGGUACAUGUGCUCCCUGUCCUUGUUCCACUACUCGGAAUACUUGGUCACGGCGGUCAACAACCCGAAAAGCCUGUCCCUGGACUCCUUCCUCCUGAACCACAGCCUGGAGUACACCGUGGCCGCCCUUUCUUCCUGGAUAGAGUUCACCCUUGAGAACCUCCUCUGGCCAGAACUGAAGCAGGUCACCUGGCUCAGCACCACGGGCCUGCUGAUGGUGGUCUUCGGAGAGUGUCUGAGGAAAGCGGCGAUGUUUACAGCUGGUUCCAACUUCAACCACGUGGUGCAGAAUGAAAAGUCAGAAACCCACACUCUGGUGACGAGCGGGGUGUAUGCCUGGUUCCGGCACCCUUCUUACGUGGGGUGGUUUUACUGGAGUAUCGGAACCCAGGUGAUGCUCUGCAACCCCAUCUGCGGCGUGGGCUACGCGCUGACGGUGUGGCGCUUCUUCCGCGACCGGACGGAAGAGGAGGAGAUCUCGCUGAUCCACUUCUUCGGGGAGGAGUACCUGGAGUACAAGAAGCGGGUGCCCACGGGCCUGCCCUUCAUAAAGGGGGUCAAGGUGGAGCUAUGACCCCGGGGCGCGGCGCCUCCCACUCCGAGCAGCCCGGGACAAAACGGCCUCCGGUGGGCCACUCUGCAGGAUGGAUUCUCUUAAUCACUUUAUACUCACCAUUUCCUCUUUGGGAACAUCCCUCAAGACCAAAGGUCAGAGGCCUUAGGACCAAAGGCCCCCUCCCCCAACUUCCCGGAGCGUCUGUUCUUGGGCUGAAUCGAGAGCUGGGAUGGGAAUGAAAGAUGAACAAGGAGCGGAUAACAGCAUUAUCGGCAGCGCUGGGCGGGCCUGGCCGCAGGAGGCCUCGCUGCAUUUGGGCUGUAACCAAGCCCCCGCCCCCAGGCCAGGUGGACUCAUUACUCGGAAUCAGGUUUCUUCCGCCGGAAGGGGCGUGGGCACCAGGGCUUUCUAGCGUCAGAGAUAUAUUUUAACCGAAACCACCCCUAACCACCUCAUUCCCAUCCUCCGUGGGCGCAUGAGCAUCUAUCCAGUUUUAAGCCACUUCCUGAUAAGGCUCUCCAUGUAUUUAUCCUAUUGACACACCUGUUUUUAUGAAUGGCAGUGUGCGUGCAGAGGGGCUCGGUGUUUACAGCCCCAACUCCUAUUUGGCACAAAGGAAGCAUCCACACCUGGCCAAUUGGCUUUGUGUUACCAGGGAGCCCCGCCCCUCCCAUGGCCUCCUGGCCUGCCCCUGCCCUCCCCCAGUGGGGCUGUCAUCAGUGGCAGGCAUGUCCGAGAUGUGUCCUUAGUCCUUUGUCCAAGAAGCGGUUCCUGGACGCCUGCUCUCUGCGAGGCCUUGUCAGACACUGGGAAGUACUGCCCUCCAUCGAUUUGGGUUCUAUUUUUUACCAUAGCGUGUAGUUUUGUGUUUUGAUUCAAAUCUAUUAACUUGAUUUCUAUGUUUCGUUCUCAAAAUUUCAUCGUCCCUGAUGCCACUUCAAACUGUCUUCCAAAGGGGUGUGAGCGCUCGCACAGCUGCACAAUGCAAGGCGACUCGUGAAAGUCUUACCUAGAGCAAGCAGUCCCGACUGAGAGUUAGUCCUGCUUUUGUCUUUCCAGUUCAGGGAGAGUGGUUGGCUGUAGGAGUCAAACAUGAGCUGUAAAGACCUUCGUUUAGUUCCGGACGAGACAGGAGCGUGGUCUGUGAGAUCCUUCCGCGCAGGGCGGCGGCGGCGCUGGGACCGCGGCGGAGCGCAGACCUGCGGCCUCCGAGGAGCCACUACCUUUCCGUGCCUAGACUCCCCAUCUGUAGAAUGGGGUCAAUACCGCCUACCUCACAGGGGUGUGAAGACUCAGAAGAACGUCAAACGUUUUUAAUGCUUAGAGGACAGAGGACAUUGUGGAAUCUGUACUGUGUGAGAGUUGCGCAAAAAUGGACAUUCGGUUAACUGUACCAGAUGCCGGAAAUGUGUGCAAAAGAGCAUUUUACCAACUCAAAAUAGUAUUAAUUUCUAGAUUU